AUGGCUGCGAAUCCCAAUAGCGAUGGUCUGCCACCACUGACGCUGCGACUGCCAGUCUGCGGCUGCGCCCUGAUGACAGGUCGAGGCGAUGCGGUGGGUGUGGUGGGAGUGCUACGAUGUCCUGGAUCGCGUUUGGGAGGGGCGCUCUGGACAGGCAUAGGAUGUCAUGCGAGGGUCACGGUCAAGUGUGCUGGCUCGAUUGUGCAAUUUGAGAGGCAAAUUGUUGGAGAUGGGAUGGGAUGGGCCAGAGGUGUCAAACGGAUGUGAAUGGGGAGCAUAA